UCAACAAUCGAAAUCACGAAUGCACUCCAUUAUCAACCUUCAGGUCCGAGUAGCAGACAACAAAACACGCCUAAAGUAAAGAUGAACUAUUCCCUUACCUAGGUCGCAUUAAUGUAUUUUAAAUACAUAGGCAUACAUCAAAAUCAAACACUUUGCUGAGUCACGAAGGCAAGGCCGUCACUUGAGGUACAGCUGACUCCAAGUCUAUAGAUAUUGCAGGUAGGCCAAGACGGUAGACAGUUUCGUUUUGUAGCCUUAUAUUCUAUAGUGUUUGUUCACUAAAAGGCCGAACGAUGUCUGAAGAUAACAUAGCAAUGCUCCUGGAAUGUUCCCUCUGCUUCGAGCAGUAUGACGAGGAGUUCCAUCUUCCCAAAGGCCUACCAUGUUACCAUACAUUCUGCCUGGAAUGUAUGCAGCAACUACAGAGUGAUCGGAAACCACCUCGUUUGAAAUGUCCCGAGUGCCGAACUCAGCACACUCUGCCUGCAGAUGGCGUCAAAGGACUCCCGAGCAACGUCACGAUUACCAGUUUAGUGGAGCUGAAGUCACAGUCUGCCUCGAGUUAUCUUCGCGGAAACAAUGACCUUAGGAAAUGCUUAGUGAAGAGAACAAGUGAACUAAUGAAGGAGGUAGACGAAUUUUCGAAAAUGGUGCGACAGAGGAGACAGUUGAACAGUAGGGCUGAACUUGCGAAAAGUGAAAUUCAGAAAAGUUUUAAACAGCUUGGUGAAGAGUUGAAACAACGUGAAAAGGAGCUUUUCGCACAGAUCGAUAGUCACGUGCGUAACGAGAUUGAAUCCCUAAAGACUAAACAAAAGACAUUUCACGAUAAGGUAUCUAAAAUUCAAAAUUUUAACAAAGAUAUUCCAAGCGGACAUAUCGAAGAAACUAGGUUAGUUGAACUCCUUAAAAAAUGUACAGACUAUGGGAAAAUAGUCAGUGAAAUGCAAGAAAGCUUGAGCUCUGAAAUUAAGAAGGUUGUCUAUGUGGAAAGCGGCAAAGAUAUAUUAUCGGCUGCGCAAAAUGGAUUUGGAAAGGUUCAAGUUGGCCAAUCAAGAUCGAGUAAUGCUAGUAAAGCAUCCCUAAAACAAGCGGAUGUAAAUGUUAAUGCACCACCUGUUCAAUCCAAACCAAGACGACCUAAUUCCAUAGCAAGUAUAGAUCCUGAACGGUAUCUUGAGAUAGCUUCCAGUAGUGUAGAGCCACGUCAGCUGGACAGGCAUCGACGUAACUCAUCAACAUCAUCUUCAUCGCAACCGUUUCCCCCGACCAUACCCAAUGAACGACAGAAAAUUCCUCCCCCACCUAAAACUAGAGACAGACGGCCCUCUGGCAAUGCUGACGCUUUCCAGAAACGCACUGCACCGGGUGCAUCAGCGAUGUUAAACUUAUUUAAUAUGGAACUCAAGCAGACUAUAAAUCUAAAACAAAGAGAAUCGACACUCAAAAAUAAAGGAGAGCCAAGUAAAGUUUUCGGAAUGGGAGUUUUGGGAGUUCCCCAUGACGUGGCAGUAACACAAGGAAAAUAUUUUGUAGUCGACAGUGAAAAUCACUAUGUGCACGUCUUCAACCCAUCUGGACAACAUUUGAAGAUGUUUGGGGGUAAAGGCAUGAAGAAAGGCCAAUUGAUGCACCCAAAUGGAAUUUGCACCAAUUCAAAGGGUCAGAUUCUAGUCGUCGAUGCUACAUUAUUCAUUCAGGUGUAUGACUCUACAGGUAAACCAAUAGAUCAAAUGGGCAUUUGUCGCACCAAACGAUCUCAAAGCUUUAAUUACAAAUCAACAGGCUUGGAUUGUGAUGAUGUAUGUAAUAUUUACGCCUGUGAUCCAGAUCACUACUGUAUCAAAGUUCUUGACCAGCGAGGUGUCGUCAUCAGAGAUAUUGGGCACCACGGUUGGGGUGAUGGCGAAUUUAAGUAUCCGUCCAGUUUGACAACAUUCCAAGAUAAACUCAUCGUUACCGAUCUAUUAAAACAUUGUAUCAUGGUAUUUGAACAAUCUGGAAAGUUCUUCUGUUCGAUUGGUUGUGAAGGUAUAGAACUUGGCCAGAUGAGAGAACCCACUGGUGUAGCAGUGGACGAUUAUUUCCUUAUUGUUGUGGACUCUGGGAAUCAUCGUCUGCAGGUGAUCGACAGAGCUGGUAAAUUCAUAACGUCGUUUGGUGGGAAAGGUAGGGAGAGUGGAAAGCUUGAGUACCCAAUGGGCGUUGUAAUGACGGGGGGAGGAAAUAUUGUUGUGUGCGAUUCAAGGAAUAAAAGAAUACAAGUGUUUUAGGUUCGUGUGCUAGGCAAGAGUUGCAUUUCUGAUCUCAAUUUACCAAAUUGAACACAAACAUUCGGUCCGGGAAAACAGUAAUGUAGGCUACAUUUGUUUCCACAUAGCGUAUGUUUCCACACGUAUGACAAACUAAUCUACAUGAAACGCUACAGCGUUGUUAUAGACCUAGCCUAUAAUCAACUUGGCGAACUUGUAGGCAGCCUAAAAAACUGAUAAGAAGUGGUCACCUCAAUGUUGCCUGCAAUGAUGACUCAUA